UAUUGAUAUAAAGGAUAGUUAAUUCUUAUCUCAAUCAAUCAAAAGGAUUAAAUUCGAGUUGACAAUGUCAAAUUAGAGAACAAAUCCAACUGUUAAUCGAAGUCCUUGACGCGAGAGAAGAAGAAAUCUUCCUUUUCCCUUACGCAUUCACCUUCUUCUCUUCAAUUCGAUUAUUCAGAUCUCAAUUCUGCAGCAAUGUCCGGCCAAUCCACAGCGGUGCACAUCGUUUACACUGAGCGGCCUCACAAUGAAGAACCCGAGGCCUAUCACAUCCGAACCCUAGCUUCUGUUCUUGGCAGUGAAGGCGCUGCUAGGGAGGCGCUUGUGUAUAGCUAUAAAAAUGCUGCGAGUGGCUUCUCUGCUCGGCUUACGUCCGAUCAGGUUGCGGAGAUUACCAAACAACCAGGAGUAUUGCAGGUUGUCCAAAGCGGUAAUAAUAAGCUGCAUUCUGGAGGAGGAGCAGCAAGGCUUCAUUAGAAGAACACCAACUCUUCCUGGAAAUAUCGGUUUGUUGCCCAAAUAAGAUUCCAGAGGACCAUUGCACCUUAAUGUGCCUUGAGGCUUUUGUCUUAUGUCACAACGUGCUCCCAAACAUGUGUGAAAGGGUGGGCCUUAUAAAUAGCACCAUUUCGAUAGCCUCAGGGUGGAAGAAGCUAGUAGCUAGCUCUAACUGAGAAACUCUAUCUCUCUUUGUGAAUAUUUAUUGUACUAGCCUAGGUAUUAAAGCGUACUUGACUUGACUUGACACUACACUAGUAUGGGUACUCUCACCUCGAUCAACUCCGACGAGACAUGUCCAUACCAAAAGAAUGGGUCGAAGGAGUAAUCAAGGCUUGCAUGUGAAUUUCUUGCAACAACACCCAUAAACUUUCCGUUUAUAUAUGGAUUGAAAUCAUUAGUAUCUUGUUUACAAGGUACUCAUGAACAAGUUUGCACUGAUACCUUUAAUCUUAAAAAAUGGUUCCAAAACA